GCUAAAACUUGUAUGUAAAUGCAGCUUUAGAAAACGCUGAAUUGACUUGGACUCUUAAAAUGACGUAAUUUGAAGAGUAUAACACGCGCACCAUCGUGUAAUUAUGAGUGUAUUAGAUGUAAUUGCCAAGACAGAAAUAUCAUUAUUACAACUUACGCGGCUGGCCAUAAGUACAAAAUUGGAAACUAUGUAGCAAUAAAAUGUUUUCGGAUGCUAAAAGUACUUAAGUGCAAUUAAAAUCGCAAAGUUUUUGUGCGGCAACAGCCAUCGAUUCCCCACGCUUUGCGUCAGUAUUUCACUUCAAAAUGUCGUAUUUCUCGUACAACGCAAUACACAAGAUUCUCUAAUUGCAUAAUAUCCGCCCGCAGUAAAAGCCCACUUACAUAUCAUUACGUAUGACCUACGACAUGACAUUGUCAAACGACGAUUUAUCUUCCCGUUACGCACUCAAAUUACGUAAGCGACAUUAUUCAAACUAUUAGCGUGUCAUGUCUGAUCUUUCAAAAAAUGGCGACAAAAACAUUACUUCAAAAACCAAUGCUGGCGAAAAUUUAGAUCAGAACUUUUUCCCCUUUACAUAGCCUACGUCUAUAUACCAACGGUUUUAAGUCUGCAUUAACCGUUUCCGGCGCAUUCUAUAGAUAGCAAAUAUAAAUGCCGCGUUGUCUUGUACAGGAUCUAACUACACAAUAAUCUGUCUGGUACAUUUUUCAAAGCCCGUUCUAUUUUAUACCGUCGCCAGCUGGGUAGGUCUUGUAAAAUCCUGGGCGUGAUUUGGUAUUAAAAUCAUCGCGACAUUAAUAGUUUAUUAUCAGUCCCGUAUCGUGGCAAAUGCGAAAUGGGCUUAAAAAUCCUAAAAUAGCUGGGCGAUUUACGCCUACGCUAAAUUGCGUCACUGUCCGAAAAUUGAAAUGGCCCGAUCGCGUGCAUUAAUAUGUGCCGUUGUGUGCCUUGACAUUUAUUUAAGUACCAACCCUUUGCAUGGCAUUACUAUCGCGACUAGACGUAAACUUUACUCGGAUUAUAAUCGAUGUAAAUUUUAUUGCGUUAUUAUUGUUGAGUAACACCAUGGCUCGGUGCCAUGCUACGUAAUGAGGGAUGUCUCGUCAGUGCGUCAUUUCGUUUGAGAUUUUUCCGCAAUUACGCUGGUACAGCCAUGCAUGGUAUUAGCGUGCGUACUGUGUCGCAAGUUGGUUGUGCAAUUAAACAUGUUCAAACCUAAACUAUGUGGAAUUAGUCACGUACUUUUUCGAAUUAGCGUAUACAUCUCGAUACUAAUGCGAAAAUUACAUUCUGUGUCCUGUUUUCAGGCUCCCUAAUGUUAAUUACUGUAAUAAACGAGCGGUAUGUUAUACAGAUGACGCACUGGUAAAAGUUGUUUCAAUUAUACAGAAUGCGCAUAUGAAAAAAAGAAAAAAGAGUUUAAUUUAAACAAAUGAAUAAAUUAAUGGAAUGUAUUAAUCAAUGAAUGUAUUUAAUGUGUCUUAUAUAAACUUUUGUACAGGUUCGUUAUCAUUUGGGUUUGUAUAAGAUAAAGGCGAACAAAUAACACAAAAGGUCGCCUCUUAUGUCUAUACGUCUUCGUGUGAAACAAAGCAUUACUAUAACACGCAAACAUAAGAAAUCCACUUUCGACUUGAAUGUCAAGCACUGGGAUCCAUGUAAGCGUGACUGCUUCACUAUACGACGAGUUAGAUUUGAGAUAAAAGAAUUUGUAACUUGAGACCUGUUGUUUCCUAAACACUGUAGUUUGAUACAGAAAUCAUAACACGAGCGAGUCUGGUUCUGAGCGUCUUAAGGCGUCGUCGUACAAAAGCAGAUGUAUGCUUGUAAUGUACGGCUAGCUAAUUCCAAUAUUAAUCUAAGGGUCGAAUGUCCGGAUCGUAUUGUGAAAUAGGUUGAAGUGUCAACAAAUAUAGCAGAGCGGAAAGAUUAUCUGUUUGUUAAAGUUGAUACUUCCAAGCCGUUGUAGUACCAGCUUCAGUAAAGAAACAUUGGGAUAUUUUAUACCAGGAAGCCGCCCACCGAGGCCACGAGUUUUUGUCGAAAAUACCUUUUUGGAUCGGACGAUUUAAUAUGGGUGAGGUACGAGCUCAAAGUCGGUACACAACAGACAGAAAGCGUCCGAGUCAGUUCGACCGUGCGCAGAGGAUCAACUUGAUGCAGUCGCGGACGUGCAUGAACCAAAUCGAGAUCCUCGAGAACAAUAUUAGAAAGAAGCUUAAGGUCAUCGAAAACGAGAAAUACGAAGUCGCUCGUUAUCUUCGCUUCUUAAAGACGAGCUCAGGAGUCAGUAGAUUCUCAGAACCGUGUCCCAGAUCACGUGACAUAAGAAUACGGCCAGCCACAGCAUGUGCGCCUGUAAUGAAGUUUGGACGAAGUGGUAAUGCCAACCAUAGUUACAUGGUAUCGGACCCGGCGUUUGGUUGGUCGGAUUCAAAACGUGACGAGGAUUCUAGUCCAAUCAGAGUCCGUUCUGCUUGCAUGAGCAGGUCACGAAUGACUGCUUUCCACAGAACUAUGACGAGAAUACGUAAAAUCGAACAACCGCUGAGGAAAAGGGUAUCGUGGGUGGAUGGCGGCCAAGGUGGCGACGAUGGGAUCAUGCCUUACUCACCUAAAGGGCAAGACUACAGAUCGCUAUCUAAUCCAAACAACGAUGAUUCAGAAGGGACAAAAAAGUGCUUCGGAACGCAAUGCGAAUCCCCAUUACCCAAAAGUGAGCAAGACGAACGAAAUCAAAAAGAGGUCGAAAUGUCACCCAAGGGGAAAAAGAAAAGCAAGCUCUCUGCUGCCACCUCGCGACGGUCUUCAGCUAGCAGUUCAGCGGGGCCAAAGAACAGACCGAAUCGCGAAACAAAGACAUUAAAACCAAUUAACGUCACUUUCCCCUUUGCUAUUACACCAGAAGGUCAACAAACUGAAGAGGAAAGUGGAAACGUACAAAUCAUUAGACCGUCAAGCACACAAGACCAAGCGCAACAUGCGAACAGUUUUCACACGAGGCAUUUGCGGCCUAAGCGUUGACUUAUAACUAACAGGCCAACUACUUUAAAUACAAAGUUUUGGUAUUGUUGUUUUCGAGUAGAUGUAAUCAAGCCUUUACAACCUCUAGGAUCUAUGUAAGGGUUCUCACACGACUUCAAAAUAGUGUUGAUAAUUGUUUAAACACGAACAGGGUAUAUAUACGUAAAUACGUUACCCUUUGUGCUAACUGCUAUAUCUAUAUCCAUUACCCCGAACCUCUUAUCGGUUUGAAAUAUCCACAUAGUAUAGUAUUAUAGUAGCGAGUACACAACUUCUGAAUGCAGAAACCAAUAAAUUUAUUAUUUCCUAUUACCACAAUUUGCGGUUUACGACAGUAAGCAUGCAAUGUUGUAUUCUGGUUUAAAACUGCUUACACAGUAUAUAGUAAGCGACAUCGACCGAAUUUGUAUUUUACGUAUUUGCUGUAAUGUAGCGGCUUCAACAUAAUUUAAGCCAAAAACAGGUUAUGUUGUUUCCGAGCACCAUAUGUACAAAAUCAGACUUUACGUUAGCGCAUUUGUGCAUCAUAAGUAAAGCGUAAACUUAAGUAAAUAGGGCUUCAAAUUUGUUACUUGACUACUGUGGUGCAUAGUUUUAAUUAAUCGCAAACCAAUAUCGGAUUACACAUUGAAAAUGGCUGAGAUAAAACCUCAUUAAACACAGCAGCCAAUACAGAUUGUUUUCUUGGUACACAACGACUGACUUUCCAUCCAGUUAGGUCCUACAUAACAAAGUUUAUCGAAGUGAAAUUACAAAGUAUUAGCACAGGAUGUAGCCCAAAUGUGAAUGGUGUUUUGAUGGGUUACAGGAUUUUAGAGAGCAAUUAAAAGCAAGUACGGGGUAAAAAGUGCAUUUCACGGUCGAUCACACUUCGAAAAUUUGCUGCAUAUGCACAGUUAGACAAGGAAAACGCCAAUGCAAUUCGGACCUGUUAAGCUACAGUUCAGUUUUCUUAUUUUGAGUUAAAUUUGAGCGAAUUUAUUUCUUCUUUUAUGUAGUUUAUGAAAAAGUAUUAAGCAAUAAGCGCACUACAUGAACAGCGUUAGGUUGCGAAAAAUUGUUCUAUGUAAUGUACGUAACAGUUUCAUUAAAAUAUAGUAUAUAAACAAAAUUAAACACGCUUUCAGUUUAACGUAUUUGUCUAUAAACGAGCACAGUUUUAUACAUGAAGUGCAUUAAUUUUGUUUAUAGGUUAAUUUUUUUUACAGUAACAAGAUACUACGGAAAUACCGUUAAAAAAUGCCUACAUCUCAUAUACAUGUGCUGUUUUACAAACCAUAUAAAAAGGGAAAUCUGGUAGAAGUUCAUAUUUCAAAACAGCAAGAGCAGAUAUUUUACGACGUCAUACAAGGAGCAUAUAUGCACUACGAAGGCGACUUGGUGAAGGAUAAUUGCAAAGCGCUAUUUGAUCAUCCUAUUUGGAAGUGCAAUAACAACUCGUUGGUUUUCGACUGGUUCAAUGACAACGACCCAAAUACAAAUUAUGACAAACAAGUUAAAGUUUCGGCUGCAAUUGCUAAGCGCUUGUCAGCCUUGGGGUGGACAUUUCUUGGUUGUAAAGCCAACGAAAACGGACAGCACUGGCACUGGGAGCUAAAAUAACGCUCAUGCUUAACUGUAUAAAGUUGUAUUAUAUGUUCGGGUAAGAUGACCAAUGUUUUUUAUUGUCUUUGAUCGUUUCACUUGGUAUAGUAAUCGGACAAUGUUUACAGAAUUAUAUUACCGUAACAGUACAAAUCAAAAGAACGUUGUUAGUAAAAGUAUGGAUUAUGUGCUAACGAUUUUAAUCUUACCCCCACCCUAUACCAGCCAUUAUUUUAUUUUAAAUACGUUUUAUUGAAAGAAUGGUCAUAUGUAUAUAUUUGUCGCUAUGUACUUAUAGUCGAGUAUUAAAACAAAUAUCAAUUAAAAUGUUUUAUUUGCAUUUCCGUUUGCUGGAAUGACAUUUUACUUUGAACGGCUGGGAACCGUUUAAUAAAGUAAAUAUAAGAC